GUCAGUUUAUCGUUGCUUGCACAAGGUUUGUCCUAUUAGGUGCGCCAGGGUACUCUGCGGCUCCGGGACGAGGGCGGGGCCACGCUAGUGGUUCCGGUUCGGCUCCAGCCGCCCCUCCGCUCCUAGCCUUCCCCCUCCCCUCCGCCUUCUCCCCUCCCUCCCGCUCCUGGGAAAGAGAGAAACCACCGCUGCGGGUGGGUAGAGAAGCACUCGGCGCCUCAGGGAGGGGACCAGGCCCGCCUCAUUUGCGCCUUGCAGCACUGCUGGAUCAGGUUACAAGAUGUUCAACUAAGCUUGAGACCUAGUGACUACAUUUCCUACAGGAACAAAUCAAUGAUUUUUCAUCUCCCGGAGAUAUAUUAGAAACAAAUAUGGUGCUAAAAGAACUCCUUACCUUUCUCUGACUACAAUUUAUUUGUACAUACUUUUGUAUUGAAGAGAGGUAUACACACUGAAGCUACUUGCUGUACGGAGACGCUGUCCUGUAGGAUCAUGGACCAUCCUAGUAGGGAAAAGGAUGAAAGACAACGGACAACUAAACCCAUGGCACAAAGGAGUGCACACUGCUCUCGACCAUCUGGCUCCUCAUCAUCCUCUGGGGUUCUUAUGGUGGGACCCAACUUCAGGGUUGGCAAGAAGAUAGGGUGUGGGAACUUCGGAGAGCUCAGAUUAGGUAAAAAUCUCUACACCAAUGAAUAUGUAGCAAUCAAACUGGAACCAAUAAAAUCACGUGCUCCACAGCUUCAUUUAGAGUACAGAUUUUAUAAACAGCUUGGCAGUGCAGGUGAAGGUCUCCCACAGGUGUAUUACUUUGGACCAUGUGGGAAAUAUAAUGCCAUGGUGCUGGAGCUCCUUGGCCCUAGCUUGGAGGACUUGUUUGACCUCUGUGACCGAACAUUUACUUUGAAGACGGUGUUAAUGAUAGCCAUUCAGUUGCUUUCUCGAAUGGAAUAUGUACACUCAAAGAACCUCAUUUACCGAGAUGUCAAGCCAGAGAACUUCCUGAUUGGUCGACAAGGCAAUAAGAAAGAACAUGUUAUACACAUUAUAGACUUUGGACUGGCCAAGGAAUACAUUGACCCCGAAACCAAAAAACACAUACCUUAUAGGGAACACAAAAGUUUAACUGGAACUGCAAGAUAUAUGUCUAUCAACACGCAUCUUGGCAAAGAGCAAAGCCGGAGAGAUGAUUUGGAAGCCCUAGGCCAUAUGUUCAUGUAUUUCCUUCGAGGCAGCCUCCCCUGGCAAGGACUCAAGGCUGACACGUUAAAAGAGAGAUAUCAAAAAAUUGGUGACACCAAAAGGAAUACUCCCAUUGAAGCUCUCUGUGAAAACUUUCCAGAGGAGAUGGCAACCUACCUUCGAUAUGUCAGGCGAUUGGACUUCUUUGAAAAACCUGAUUAUGAGUAUUUACGGACCCUCUUCACAGACCUCUUUGAAAAGAAAGGCUACACCUUUGACUAUGCCUAUGAUUGGGUUGGGAGACCUAUUCCUACUCCAGUAGGGUCAGUUCACGUAGAUUCUGGUGCAUCUGCAAUAACUCGAGAAAGCCACACACACAGGGAUCGGCCAUCACAACAGCAGCCUCUUCGAAAUCAGAAUACAUCAUCAGAGCGCCGAGGAGAAUGGGAAAUUCAGCCCAGCCGGCAGACCAAUACCUCAUACCUGACGUCUCACUUGGCUGCAGACCGCCAUGGGGGAUCAGUGCAGGUGGUUAGCUCAACCAAUGGAGAGCUGAAUGUUGAUGAUCCCACAGGAGCCCACUCCAGUGCACCAAUCACAGCUCAUGCCGAGGUGGAGGUAGUGGAGGAAGCUAAGUGCUGCUGUUUCUUUAAGAGGAAAAGGAAGAAGACUGCUCAGCGCCACAAGUGACCAGUGCCUCCCAGGAGUCCUCAGGCCCUGGGGACUCUGACUCAAUUGUACCUGCAGCUCCUGCCAUUUCUCACUGGAAGGGACUCCUCUUUGGGGGAGGGUGGAUAUCCAAACCAAAAAGAAGAAAACAGAUGCCCCCAGAAGGAGCCAGUGUGGGCAGCCAGGGCCUAGUGGGUCAUUGGCCAUCCCCGCCUGCCUAAGGCUCUGAGCAGGUCCCAGAGCUGCUGUUCCUCCACUGCUUGCCCAUAGGGCUGCCUGGUUGACUCUCCUUCCCAUUGUUUACAGUGAAGGUGUCAUUCACAAAAACUCAAGGACUACUAUUCUCCUUCCUCCCCUUAGUUUACUCCUGGUUUUUACCCCACCCUCAACCCUCUCCAGCAUAAAACCUAGUGAGCUAAAGACUUUGUUUGCAGAAGGAGAUCAAGAGGCUGGGGGUAAGGCCAAGAAGGUAGGAGGAAAAUGGAGACCUGGGCUGGAGAAGAACCUUCUCCGUGUCCCAGGUGUGUCUGGCAGUAUGGUUUCCUCUUCCUCUGUGCCUGUGCAGCAUUCAUCCCAGCUGGCCAUGGGGUUCAGGUUCCUUCUUCCCUCCCCCCUGUGAAGUUACACUGUAGGACACAAGCUGUGAGCAAUCUGCAGUCUACUGUCCCUGUGUGUUGGCGUUCUUAGCUUUUUUGACAAACUCUUUUUUCCAGGCGGUAGUAGGACAAUGAAAAUUGUUCUGAGCAAAGGAAAGAAAACUGACUUUGUUGCACUUUUAGUUUUUUUUUAAAAAAAACAGAAACAAAAACAUGGCAGAUGCAUAUUGUGUCUGGUUAUAUUGGGGGUUUCACUUUUACCUGUUUUGAGGGGGAUGGGGCCAGCCAAGCCAUUCAGAGAGAACAUGGGUCCAGAGGACAUUCUCAGUGGAAAGAGUUUGAUCUGCACCACCCAGAAGAGAAGCCAAACUCGGUGUCAUUCUGAGUGAACACUCAGGUUGGCAAGAAAACAUACUUGAAUUUUCAUUCAUCUUCUCAGCAGCUGAAGAAUGUCCCUACCAGAGCAUCUUGACCUAAUCAGCUUACAGUUUGAAAACCUAGCUCUCCAGCACAUGAGAUGAGUCAGCCGAACCAGACUGUGACCAGGAAACAGCUCAUCCCAGAGAAGGAGACGCUUAACAAAAAAAAAAAAUAAUAAUGAAACUGUUUCCUCUGCUGCCAGGGACUUCCAACUAGAUAGCCAUGUGAUUUCCUGGUGACUUGGGGGACAAAUUAGUGAUGAAACAGCCACCACCAUAUUGCCAUUAGUGGAAAAAAAGAGGAGGACAGUGAACCUACCUUCCACCUGCCAGAGGGACCUCGGGGUGUGGCAUUAUAGGGCCAGGAAAAGAAAAUCAGUGUAUCCUGUCUCCCCCAAUAGCUGAGCUGUAGCAUUUGGGCUGGCCUGCCUUAUCAGAAACCAAGCUUAUGAAGAUCUUCUCCCAGCAGGUCCAUAGCAGUAGGCUUAGGAUGCAGUAUAUGGGGCUGCAUUUAAAAGGAGGGAAAGAUUGAUUGGUGCUGGAAUAUUCCAGGGAAAAGGAAACUGGAGUGAAAGGUCUGAAAUUAUCUUCUCAAUUGGACAUAGACUCCUUCCAGAAAGGUGGCCAUGCCUCUAAGCAUGUUUUCGCCAGUAUGCCCUCGGCCUUUCCCCGUGGUGUUUUCAUAGGAGGUACUACUGUGAAGGAUCUUGGUUCCUCAUUCAUUGUUUGACAAGUCUUUCAUGUGGGGAGUUACUCUUCUCAUACCCAAUUUUCAUUUGAGUUUAGUAGCUUAACCAAACAAUGACUCCCCAUUCCAGAGGUGACAGAAGAGAAAGGGUCAUUACAUCAGGAAAGAGGUCUUGUGUCUGGGAGUAGAGAGCUAAUCAUGGAGCACAGUGGCUGGUGGGUGACUUAGUCUGAUGGUUUGUGGAGCAUAGAAGUCUUCGCCUCUAGCUUGAGGUGUAGGGCUAUCUUUUGGACUGGAGGGUGUGGGGAUAUUUUCUGGUAGUUGCCAUUUCUUGAAAAAUUCCCGUGAUGUACCUUGCAGAGAGCAGAAAUAGCAUUAACAGUAUCAGAGGUACUGGGCUUCAUCUGUUCCACUGGAUCUUGGCUAGGGAAUAUCAUUUCACUUGCAUCAAACCUGCUUAGCUUAUGGAAAGAUGGUAAUAUGUCAUUUCUAUAAAUGUUUCUAUAUAUGGAACAUAGAGUGGCAGGGAGAUGCAGUAUCACACCCCUUCCCCACAAGGACUGUGAAUAUUGGGAUUUAUGUCCUUGCCAUUACCUAGUGGUUACAGCCAUGUCACUAAAAUUUACAUCAUUUCUCAGUUGGGAUUUCGGCAAUGCUAACUUACUGUAUAGAAAGUUUAACUUUUCCUCACCCCUGUAUAGAAAAUGCCUUGCCUCUCGGCCGGGCGCGGUGGCUCAAGCCUGUAAUCCCAGCACUUUGGGAGGCCGAGACGGGCGGAUCACGAGGUCAGGAGAUCGAGACCAUCCUGGCUAACGCGGUGAAACCCCGUCUCUACUAAAAAUACAAAAACUAGCCGGGUGAGGUGGCGGGCGCCUGUAGUCCCAGCUACUCCGGAGGCUGAGGCAGGAGAAUGGCGUGAACCCGGGAGGCGGAGCUUGCAGUGAGCUGAGAUCCAGCCACUGCACUCCAGCCCGGGCGACAGAGCGAGACUCCGCCU